CGUCGUCGUUCGAAAAACGACAUUUUUCGCCCUUGUAUCGAAAACUACUAUUAUGAUACAGCACAGGGCUGAAUAUAACCAUCCUUAUAGGCCUCUUCCUUAACUUCUAUGGCGAGCCUUGUCUGUCUUACGACGAACUGUCUAACCAGUUAGACGACACCAAAAAAUACAAGAAAUUAUCAUCGGACAAAUAUUUCAACAACUACGCUUAUGAGAAACGUCUUAGUCUAUCUUUUGACACUCUGCUGGUGGAGGCGAACCAACGAGCCAAAGAAGUGAAUAAAAUGGCAUUUGUACAUGUGGUGGGAAUCGGAUUGGGUGUGUGGAGAGCAUCCAGGCAUCAGGAUGCGGUUUUUAUGAAAUCAUUCUCGCAGAGAAUUCGGUUUUUGAGUUCUACGUUGACCAACAUCGCCAACAUUUGCUUUUCCUAUAUAAAUCAUCCCUGUGGAAAAUACGCGGAUAAACAGAGAGUAGACAUACCAAACCAUCCACUAGGAGGAAUUAAGAUUCAUAUUGAAAAUCGCAACCCGCACGAUAGAUUAGCUGGAGAGGACGCAGGCAAGCUGCUAGUGGUUUCCUACGCUUGGGAUGGCAACGCUUUGCCUGGAAACGAGUUCUGGUUGGGCCAGCUUGCAGCUAGCGGCGAUCCAGCUGCAGCUGCAUCCACUCAGAUUGCCGAGCUGCACAACGCGCACAUCAAUCCCAACGUUUCGGCUGCGAAUUUAAGAAUCGCCACGCUCAAUGGAGUUGAGACGUUCCACGACUACAUUCGAAGAGCUGCAUCGCCCGAGUAAACACAUUAUGAUUAUUUAUUUCAGAUACCGACAAUAUAAAAACCCUGGCUUUAGAAAUA